AUGUGCCCCGUCCUAGACGCCCUCUUCAAAUGGGGCCUCUUCACCGUAACCUUCCUGCAGCGCGCCUCCUCUACUUCCUCCCCCGCCUUGGAAUAUCUCUCCGUCAGAGUCAAAUGCUUCGACUCCGCCAUGUCCUUCGACUCCCUUGCAGUCGCCCUCCAGGGCCAAGACGCCGCCAUCGCCUGCUUCCCGCCCAAAGAGGCCUCGCAGCACCUGCGUCUGUGCGACGCGGCCGCGGCCGCGGAAGUGCAGCGCUUUAUCCCCGCCGACUACGGCAGUUGUUACUCGUCGAGUGCGCAGGCGCAGGAAUUGGACUUGCAUUUCCUGAAUAAAACGAAGCCGUUCUCAUAUACGAGCCUUGUUGCUGGGAAUUUCUUCGAUUGGGGGCUGAGGGAGAAUUUCUUGCACUUUGAUUUGAAGGCUUGGGAGGUAUAUGUGCUGGACGACGGCACGUAUCGUAGCUCGACAUCGACUCAGUUGGAGGUGCUGGCUUCGCUGAAGAAGGCGACGGGGACGAACUGGGAGGCGAACUGGGUUAAGUCGGAGGAUUUCAUUAGGGACAAUAAGGCCAAGGCCGACAGAGACGACAAGGAGGCCGUGGAGCAUGUGGUAUUUGCGUUCGGGGCGAUUGAUGGGGAUUGGGAGAAGAAGGAGGGGUUUGCGAUGGAGUUUUUGGGGAUAGAGGAGGAGAGGUUUGAUGAGGUCGUCAAGGAGGUGUCGUAGAUGGCGCUCGACGGCGCUUGUUGGCACGAUGAGUAUUGGUCACGAUAUUAUGAAAUUCUGCGAAUCAUGCACGUUGCAUUAGAAACAAAUUGACCUCCUGAAAGGAUGCUCUUUACACAGCGCAAGAUCAAGAUGAUGAGGUUUGGUGGGCAUACGUGGUUAUAGACAUGAAAAUACACAAUUACUUCAG